GCCUUUAACUUACAUUUCCCAUUUAAGUUCGUUGUAUUUGCCUGUUAUUUCCUGGAACUUUCUUACACAAUCCAAUUCAUCCUUUCCUUUUCUCUUAGCCAAAUGAGUGGAUGAAGAGGCUUGCCUUUUCCACUUGCUAUCUUUCAGCCUUUCACUAUCGUUGUCAAAACAAAAAAUCCUUUCAACUAGUUGUAAGUUGUAUAUUUGAUUGUCCUUAGCUUCCUGAAAAAACACAGUUUCUAAGUUCUCUCACAAUGAUUUCAGAUGUUUUACACAAGCUUUUAUCCACCAUCUCCAACCAAUGGACAUGGUGGUGGGAUGUCAUCAACGAGAAAGACGAGCUCGCUCGAGCAGUUCUUACCAUCUCAAUUAUGUUAUUACUAUCCAUAUUCUUCUACCUAUGGACAUUUCACAAGUCAAGAAACCAGAUUACAGCUCCAUUGCCACCUGGACCCUGCGGCUUGCCUAUAGUCGGAUACCUCCCCUUUCUAGACACAAACUUGCACCGUCAAUUUGCCGAAUUAGCUAACCAAUACGGCCCAAUCUACAAGCUAUGGCUCGGGAAAAAACUGUGGGUCGUGUUAAACUCGCCGUCUCUAGCAAAAGAGGUUGUUCGCGACCUGGACACGGUUUUCGCCGACCGCGACCCUCCUAUCGCAGCAUUAGCUGCCACCUAUGGAGGAUUUGAUAUCGCUUUUGCUCCAUACGGCUCCUACUGGCGCACCAUGCGUAAAGUGUUUGUCAGAGAGAUGUUGAGUAACACUAGCUUGGAGGAUACUUACAGUCUCCGAAGAGACGAGGUCAAAAAGACGAUCAGAGACUUGCAUAGCAAGAUUGGCACGGCCGUGGAAAUCAGCGAAAUAACGUUUCUGACGGAAUUCAACUUGGUAAUGGGCAUGUUGUGUGGAGGCACGGUUGAUAGCCAGAGGGCCGAUAGCGUUGGUACAGAGUUUCGAGCCGUGUUAUCUAAAAUCAUCGAGCUGAUUGGAAAGCCGAACGUGUCUGAUUUCUUCCCGAUUCUUGCCAGGUUUGAUGUGCAGGGAGUGGAGAGGGAAAUGAAGAGGCUGAUGCAAUGGGUUGAUCGAAUUUUUGAUCCUCUACUAGAGUCGGGAAUGAGUAGGAGAGAGGGAGGCCAGGAGGAUGGAAUGAAGAGCAAAGGGAAGAAGGAUUUUAUUCAGAUCCUGUUGGAACUCAAGGAGCGGGAAGAUGCUGCAAUACCAAUUACUCUGCAACAAAUUAAGGCCCUGUUAAUGGACAUUGUGACGGGCGGAACAGACACUACAGCGACCAUGGUGGAGUGGGUGAUGGCAGAGCUCCUACAUAAACCAGAGGUAAUGAAAAAAGUACAAGAAGAAUUAUCAGACAUUGUAGGACUGGACACCGUUGUCGAAGAGUCCCACAUGCCCAAAUUACACUACCUGGACGCCGUUUUAAAGGAAACAUUCAGACUACACCCCGCACUCCCUCUCUUAGUCCCAAAGCGUCCAAACCAAUCGUCCAUAGUCGGUGGAUACACUAUACCAAAGGAUACCCGAGUGUUCUUGAACAUUUGGGCAAUUCAUAGGGAUCCUGAGGCUUGGGAUGAUCCGUCCGAGUUUAAGCCUGAGAGAUUCUUGAGUGAUGCUAGCAAAUGGGACUACAAUGGAAACAAUUUUCAGUUUCUACCGUUUGGAUCAGGGAGGAGAAUUUGUGCUGGGCUUCCCUUGGCUGAGAAAAUGGUGAUGUAUGUGUUGGCUUCACUUUUGCAUUCAUUCAAUUGGAAAGUGCCGGAGGGUGAAGACAUUGAUCUUUCUGACAAGUUUGGGAUUGUUAUGAAGAAAAGCAAACCUCUGAUUGCCAUCCCGACGCAAAGGUUAUCUAGCUUGAAGCUUUAUGCAUAAUGCAGAAAGCAUGCGUCUUCUUUCAUGUGAAGUUCUUUAAUUUCCUCUAAUGUUUGGUAAUGCAGAUAUUUGAUAUUGUAAAACACUCAGUAUUGUAUCUUAAUAGGAGGAAGCUAUGGUACACAGUGUAUACCGUAUGUCUAAAAUAUGACAAUUUGUGAUUUUCAUUAUGACGUUUUUUGGUUUUCUAAUGCAUAUUUUUUAUGCUA